AUGGCUGCUUCUUCUAAUUCUAAAUCACUCAAGUUUUAUGCUGGUAAAGUUCAAUAUGAAGAGGAAACAAAUAGAUGUACACCAUUACCAUAUAAAGGAGUAAUAUCAAUUAAACAAUCGACUGAAGAACCAGAUUUUUUUGAUUUUACAUGGUCAAUUAAAAAUGAUUCAACAAUACAAACACCAAGUAAUAUAGAAAAAGAUGAAUUAUUAUUAAUACCAGGAGAUGUAUCAAUUAAACAUAUAAAAUCAUGUAAUACAGGUAGAGUAUUUGCAUUAACAUUUUUAAGUUCUGGUGCAAAAUAUUUAUAUUGGUUACAAGAUAUUGGAGAUAUAGAUCAAUUAAAUAAAUUGACAGAGAAGGAUAGUAAAAUUAUACAAGAUAUAAAAGAAUUAAUCAAAUUAAAAGAUGAAGAUGAUGAAAAUAAUUAG